AUGGCCACUGCCAGUGAGACAACUGUGAAGUCUAUCUUCUGCGACUGGUGGACUUGGCCCGUUUUCCUUGGGUCUUCUAUCAGAUUUCAAGAGAACGGUACAGGACAUUUGGUGUGCGGUAUUGAGGCCGCUCUUUUUAUUGCAGCCGAGAUUGAUUGGACUCCCAUUGGGGAUUGUUCUACGGUCUUGGAACAGAAAACCGAUAUGAGCACUGAUUUCCAAGUCACCCUUGAUGUUGAGAUCACCCUCACAAAGCGAGCCAUGGAUAACAUUCCACCAGGAUGGGUGAAUGAGACGAAUCUGUUCGACACUGCAUUCCAGCCAAGGAUAUUUAAGAUAGAACUAGCCAAAGGGAGGUUUUAUUCGCGUGACUGGUUGGUUUGUGUGGGAAAACCUUCCAAGCCACCAAGGGACACAGAGCCGUGGCAUGCGCUACGCCUGGUGUUCGAUCAGUCGCCAUAUCCAUCUUUAGAGCAUCGGAAGGAGGACGUCGACCAUGGAAUACCAUGGAGGGCCGCCAAUGGGAAUAGGUGGUGGGAGUUCCGAGAUUUCUACCGGGACACGGAGGAGUCAGUUUAUCGACCGGUAAUAGACGAGAAAGCCAGGAGAGAAAAGUUGCGAAAAGCUUUUAAGAAGAUGGGGUGGACGAUACCAAUUGCUUAUCGAAAUGAUCCUAUCGAAGAGGAAGAAGAGGAUGAGGAGCCAUCGAAAUCGGAGUCGGCGUGAUGCUUGGGUAUUCAUCGCUGACCCGAAGGGCCUAGCCUUCAA